CGAAAGGUACAGGCACGGUCACGCUGAGCGCAAAUAAUAUCUAGUUAAAUUGCGGAUCAUACACCAUGGGAUUUGUGUUAUCCAAGCUGCGGAAAGAAAAGUCCACGGAGGCGGUGUUGGAGGGGCUGCAGACGCAGAUCCAAGCGUUGGAGAAGUACAUGAUCAACACCGAGGAGCGCAAGCGCCGGUUCGUGACGAACUUCGUGGGCUUCACCAUCGGAGCAUAUAUCGUGGGCUUCGGGCUCUGGUGGUACUUCUACUUCCCGCCGACCAUGCAGGAGUGCUUCAUGUACCUGGUACCGCUGCUGCUAUUCCCCAUUGUCAUCAUCUUUCUGCGGCGGCUGUUUACGUGGUACUUCCAGCGCAAGCUCAACAAAAAUGGCGAUAAGCUGACUCGUCUGAAGGAGGACAAGCGCAAGAUAUUGGAGCAGGUCAUGGACAAAGAGACCUAUAAGGUGGCGGUGAAUCUCCUGGAGCGUUUUGGCGACAAGAAGCAGCUCCGCAUCAGCGGUCUGCCGACCGGCUCAACGCCCAACCGCCCGCAAGUUGAGCGGUCUCCACUGACCGUCGCUGCCGUCGCACGAACUUCAUCAGCCGGAGGACAGCAGCAGCAGCAGCGCUCGCUGGCUCCAUACACCAGUGUUUACCGCAACAAUAACAACAACCAGAACACAUCGCUGAACAGCAGCGUCAUCAGCACACAUUCACUGGGACAGAUGACGUCAGCUUCGCCGCAGUUGCGCGCCGUUCAAGAAUUGCGACGGCGAUCGCCUUUUCCCAUCGUGGACGAUCGAUCACGAAGUGCCAUCGAUCGCAUUGUGGACUUCAUCGUGGGUGACAGUCCAAAGGAUCGAUUCGGCAUGAUCUGCAAGGCGUGCCACGCCCACAACGGAAUGCUGCCGAAGGAGGAGUACGAGUACACUACCUUCCGGUGUGCCUUCUGCAAUGUACUUAACCCGGCAAGGAAGAAGCGACCCGUGGCUCCCCGGCUAUCCCUUGAGGCACCCUCGGAUACCGCAAACAAGCGAAACGAUAGCUCAGAAAGUGAAUCAUCCGACGAUGACUCUGAUAAAGAGCCAUCUGCACGCAGAGCCCUGCUUCAAAAGCUGCCAUCUGGUGGAGCUGAUAUGGAUGCCACCGCCGAAACGGAAGACUUGGCAAUGGAGACUGAGACAAUCGAGACUGGAUCUGCAGCCCCCAGCACAGCUGAGGUGGCUGCCAGCUCCUGAGGGCACCUCGCCUUUUAGGCGCCAGUCAAGCAAAAUUCUUGGAUUAUUUGCUUUUAGCUUACUUAUUUAAUUGUUUAUUGGUAAGCAAAUUUGAAAAAGAAUCAUCUGUUAUCAUGAAUUUAUUGUCGAAAAAAAAAACGAAUACAUUGAAUGGAAUACAUUUAUCCUCGAGUACGCGGCACUUUCUUUGGGUCACCCACCUAGCCGCCCGAGGUGUGGGCGGCAGCACUCCCACAGCUGUCAGCAUAGAAGGAAAUUGAUAAUUAAAAUCUAGACGAAAUAAGGCGACAACUAAUGGCAUAAUAAUUUAAAGCACGCCGCAGCGUGUGACAAAAAAGGCGAACCCGACAACCGACAACCGACAUCGCUGGCGAUAUCACUUGGCCAGCAGCGAUACAUACUUACCUACAAGCCCGAGAACACACACAUGCGACUCCAGACUAACACUGCAUUAUGCGAACGGUCAACAAUUUCAAUUUCGCUGGCUUUUAUUUAGCUUUAUUCUGUUUUUCCGGGCCAUUGAUCAAGGCUAACGAGAUCGAUCGGCUGGCUGGCUGGCCUGGCCGCCUGGCAAUCUGGCGGUGCAGCAACAUAACAUAACGCAUUAGCCGGCCAACACCAGCACCAAAAGCGCCCACAUACACACGAAAAAAAUCACACGAUAUUAAUAUUACACUUAGUAUUUCAAUUCGUUUAAAUAUAUCGCUAGUUUUGG